CAUUCUCAGGAUGGUAGAGGUGUGUGUGUGUGCGGCGGAGGACAGUGACAACAUAGAGACACAACGACAGCAGCAGCAGCAGGCAUGGAGGAGGGGGCCACUCCCGACCCAGAGUUUGUGGACGUGGACCAGGGCAUGACGCUGGCCUGUGUGGCCUUCCUCUGCCUUCUCCUGGUGGCCAUGAUCAUCCGCUGUGCCCGGGUCAUCAUGGACCCCUACAGCGCUAUACCCACCUCCACCUGGGAGGAGCAGCACCUGGAUGACUAGCGGGGAACAAGCUGUGCUGUUACACAUAUAACCACACCUGUGAGGGUGCAGACGCAUAGGCACGCAGGGACAUGCACAUGAACGCAAGCGUGGGUAAACACGCACAUGCACAAAAGAAAGGAGAAGAGAGGAGAGCUUGACCAGAGAGGAGAGUAGAAGAAAGGAGAAGAGAGUUAUGGUCCCAAACAGUAACACUGCCUGUCAACACAUCUAUUGUCUGGUAUCAGUCAGUACUUGAGAAGCGCUGGACUGGAUGACAAUCAACCAUGGUCUGGACGCAUUACAGUCUGUGUCUACACCUUCACCCUGUAAACUGCUUCCUGUACACACUAGGCAAUACUGGUCAUGAUGAUGAUGAUGAAGAGAAAGACUAUUUAGUACUUUAGGACUUUUUUCAGUUAAUUUAUUGAUCUUACAAAAACAUCUGAAGUUUUGUACAUUUUAUAAGGAAAAUAACAAUGACUUUGUCUACAUAAUAGUACUGCUCAUGAAACAGGGCCUGUGUUUUUCAGCUUAUAGACUAAUAAGGCUCAGAGAAACUUUAUCCAUGCGUCAUGUCUGAAAAUGUGUGUCAGGCAACAGUAUUGCAAAGUAGUGGGAAAUAAUGUCAUCUGUUACAGUCUAUAUACACACACACACACACACACACACACACUACACUGCCCACCAAACUGAGAGCAGGCACCUCACUCCAAUAACUUGUGGCUAUCAUCCCCAGCCUUGUCCUCUUCCAGUCAUAAAUCAUCCUUGUUUGCGGCUGCUGUCUGCCCAUUAGUUUAAGCACAAAAUGGUUAUGUUCUGUUAUGAUGACUUAUGUCUCUAGCCAGUGCAUUUAUUACUUGUGAAACGAUUGUAUGACUUGCAUGUAAUGAAGUGCCUCAGCUGACACCACAGAAUAGCCAAGCUUGGCUGAAUUUCAAAUCAACUCCUCUCCUCUAUUCUAUGGAUAGGUGUGAGCAAUAGGGUGAAUAUACCUCCUAGCCAAUCAGAAGGCAAGAUGAAGCAAGGCAAUCACCAUGAUAUGUGAUUUAACCUGUCCGAUACGUUCAUCGGUGCAUAGGGGGUAGAGGGGGUAGGGAUUAGGGUCGGUUUGGAUUUGAGCAGAUUAUUGACAAGCAUUAACCGGCAAAUUAGCGGCAAGUGACGAUUUGAUAUGAACCCAGAUUGUGCUACAUUUAGCCUGUCUAUAAUAAAGAUGAUUAUG